CGGGUGUAACAACUUUCCAAACAGACAUCACCACCGCUAGUUUCCAAACAUAUCAACAGGGCGUGUAGCACAAAGCUCACCGACUUGGCUGAGUUUUCGUUCAACCCUGGAGACGCCUAUCAACUGCAUGCAGUGGCCCUUGAGCCCACUUGCAGGGCGGGCACCCUAGACGAACCCGCUCUCGAUCGGCCCACGUUGGGCAAAUCGUGCCCUUUUUCCACAGAAGCCCCAUCCUCCCUGUUCGCUCUCCUCAUGCCUAACUGGCCGCGGAUUUUUUACACGAUGAUGGUGGUGUUGGGAGCCAUCGGGCUGCCAGCUCCUUUUUGCGGAUGCGUUCCCGCUGUUCCAUACAGCAGCGGGCAGUUCGGAAGGCGGUAUUGGGAACAUGCAGCUGGGGUAACAUGCGGUCAGUCUUGGUAACUUUGUAUACGCAGGUAUAAAUCGUGUCAGAUCAUCCUGCGUUGUUGACUCCAGAGGUUUCUCCUCCUUCUCUUUUUUAUCUCUUCAUCAAUCCUGUGGGCACCCCAUCUUGGCUCCUGAACCGGCGUGGCGCAGCCGAGAAACCCCCGCCUUCCCCUCGCCAGCCAACCCAGCAUUAGCACAAUGACGGCGACGUUGCAGCAACCUCCGAGAAAGACGGCCAUAAUCCAGGCGCGGUAUAUGGAUCAGAUGGAGCUUGAGCUUUUUCUGCUGGGCCUCUUCGGCCCUGGAAAAUGCGACGUCACGUGGACGCGGGGCUUUUAUCAGUGUGUCCUCCCAAGAGGAUUAAGACGCCCUGAGCUGGAGCGCCUAGCAGCAAAAAUCGGAAUGGAAAGAUAUAAAAUCGUUCGGUGACCGCAAUUCUAGCAUUUGGGAGCUGGCGGGGCAGAAAUGUUUUACACUGCAUUACUAGCGGGGUUUCUUCCCGUUUAUGUUCAUAUAGACCGAACUCCUUACUCUGGCACCCAUAAAUGUCUUCCACCACCCACCAAAACUCCGAAAAUACAACAAGAAAUACAACGCUAACCCGAAGUUGGGCCGUCAGGCUCUCCCUUGAGCAUACCAUGAGGUGGGCUCAGCCUCAUCGCUA